AUGAGUUAUGAACAAGCGCGUGGACUCAAUCCUUCCCUAGACUUUGACAAUGCCAGGCUUAGCUUCUUCGAUGCGGGUCAGAACGCAUGUGGAUCGGUGGACACCGAUAGUGACUUCAUUGUUGCACUGAACAUUGAACAAUGGGAUGGUGGUGCGCAUUGCUACCAAACGAUAACUAUCAAUUACAACGACAAAAGCACACAAGCCACCAUUACGGAUGAGUGCCCUGGUUGUCCCUACGGUGGCCUCGAUCUGUCUAGAGGGCUCUUCGACUUCUUUGCGGAUGAGGCUGAGGGCAUUCUGUAUGGUACUUGGAACUUUGGCAACGGCGCACCCUCACCUUCCAACUCCCGGAGUCCUUCGCCUACACCCAUGCCAACAUCAUCGUCGCGGUCUUCAUCGGCUUAUGUCUACAAGCCCACGUCCACAUAUACACCACCACCACCACCUACCCCAACUUAUAGCCCUCCGCUACCGUCGUACACCGCAAGCGCCAGCUACUCGACGUACCUCGCCUUCUCAAGCUUCUGGCCAAAUUCGACGUUUAGCUCCUUCACGCCAAAUUCCACGUUCUCGUCGUUCUCCAGCACAUCUACGCCAUCCAGCACCACUGCUGGACCGACUCCCUCGGCGACACCAGUCAACACCAUAUCCUUUGAUCAAGGAAGCCUGAACCAGUUUAAUCUCGCUAUUGUUGGGCUGAGCGGCCUCGUCGAGGCGGCUAACUGGACCUAG